AAUAGGCAGUUUCAAUUUGCUUGAAACGCGUUAUGUCAAUCAUAACAUUUCGUGUGUAUAUAAUAUAAAUAUUUGAAUGUGUAUAAUUACAAAUCUAAUCGUGUUAAAAUGGAGUGUAUCGUAGCAAAUGUGGAUCAUAUGCGAUUUGAUAUUGAAAUUGCACUUGAUGAACAAUAUGGAGCAUUAUCGUUACCAUUUACCGGAAUGGAUAAAUCAAUUGCAGCAGUAUGUCAAUUUUAUCCGAGAGGUACGUGUGUAAAAGGAGCCUCUUGUCCGUUUAGACAUGUUCGAGGAGAUCGUACAAUUGUAUGUAAACAUUGGUUAAGAGGAUUAUGUAAAAAAGGCGAUCAAUGUGAAUUUUUGCAUGAAUAUGACAUGACAAAAAUGCCAGAAUGUUACUUUUAUUCCAGAUUUAAUGCUUGUCACAAUAAGGAAUGUCCAUUUCUACACAUUGAUCCUGAAACCAAAGUUCGCGAUUGUCCAUGGUACGAUCGUGGAUUUUGUAGACAUGGUCCAUUAUGCAGACAUCGGCAUGUAAGACGUGUUCUUUGUAUGGCCUAUUUAGCUGGAUUUUGUCCAGAAGGUCCAAAUUGUAAAUUCAUGCAUCCAAGAUUCGAAUUACCAGCAGUACAAGACAUGCAACCAAAAGAAGGAAAGAAAGUUAUGAUUACUUGUCAUUUCUGUGGUGAAGGUGGUCACAAAGCAAUUUAUUGUAAUAAAAUGCCUCCAGAUGUAAGAGAAGCACAAGUUAGACAAGAGAUGGAAGGUACCUCUCACAAUCCACAUCAUCAUAUUAAUAUGCAUAAUGGGCCACCUCAAAGAGGACCUCAAAAACCAUUGGAAGAAGUUACUUGCUAUAAAUGUGGUCAAAAAGGUCAUUAUGCAAAUAAGUGUCCUAAAGGACAUUUGGCAUUCUUGAGUCAUGCUAGUGGGACUAGUAGUACAAGUGGUAAUCAAAAUCAAAACUAUCGAAGAUGAUUUUAUGUAUUUUAUUUAUGUAAAAUAAUUAUUGAUUUUUUUCUUGA